AUGCAGGCGGUCGUUAUUGAUACAAACGGCACCACUGACCGCCCUUUGGGCCAUAACACUGCACUGAACUUGAUCAAAGAUUCUGCAGCACCAAAACUUACCUCAAAACACUUGCUCGCGAUGGAUCCAGAAGGCGCCCCUGCUCUUGCUCCCAAGAAAGAACUCAAGCGUAAGCAUUCAGAUGCGUCCAUCCAGCCCUUAUUCGGGAAGCAGGUCAAGACCGUCAGCGGCACAACGUUUGAUCCCAUCAACGUCGACAUUUAUCGCCUUCGCAAAGAACACGACUUGGAAUGGGAUCGUAUCGCCGAGGACCUCAACACUCGCUACAAUCGUGGUGUCACUUGGGCCCUAAUUUCUGCGCUCAACAAUACUAAUGGUGGUAUCCCCAGCAAGUAUGCUGCGGCAAUCGCUCAAUCUCGUGGAGAGGACUAUCGCAGAGAGUGGUACAUUGCCGAUGCUCACAACAAAGCCAGUCUCGCAGUCGAUAAUCAUGCUCUCAACAAAGCAAUAUACUUGAUGUGUACGAAAGAGAGCAAAAAUACCGGCUUGACGGGACCAGAGGCCGGGAGCCGUUAUCAGCAGUACGAUUCUGUACACCACACGAAGGGUUUUUCGACUGACAGCAGCGUAGAAUAUGUGUUACCAGCGAUUCAGGAGUACUGGAGCAUCCAUAGCCCGCUCGCUUUUGAUGAGAAGUCACAAAAACGAAGAACGGCUGAGAAAGCGCCAGCGAUUCAACCAGCACAACCGGCACCGACAAAUCAGCGAAAGCCGUCUAUGACCAAUCUGCCUCGGAUCAAGACGCCUGUAAUCAAGAAGGAGCCGAUCAAUGACCCAGAACGCCCAGCACCAAAAUUACGCGGACGCGCCGAUAGCGAGGUAAAAGUCGUCGCAUCCAGACCGGCCCCAGACCGCAGACAGAGCAGCGCCGUUGACUUCCUCAAGCCCACCAUCCCUUCGAAGCCCAAGUCAGAGCGCUCUGUAGCUGGUGGAGUCCCGAAGAGUGCAUCAUCAUCAUCAUCAUCAUCGAAGACAGGCAAGAACGAAAGGGUGAGCAAGACGACGAGCAGCGCACACGACGCCGAUGGGCUCGUAAAGGAAGCUUACUCCAAGGUCAAAGCCAGAGUGUGGAAGGAAGUUUCUGAAUUGGUGGCUUUCGCGUCAAAGGGGGAGGUUAUGAUGACUGAUGAGGAGUGCCAGCUCGUUGUAAGCAGGAUUGAUGACGAAGGAAAGCGAGCAGCGUGCCGCCGACAGAAUCAUGGCACAUUCUACGUAACUUGGAGUUGCCAUAGAGCGAGAGCGCAGGCAUUCUGGUACAUGUAUCACUCAUAUUCUAUAUACAAUCCAUCUCAAGCAAAUCAAGCACCCAGCAUCAGUCUCAUCCAACCAAACAACCUUAGUCAUAAACUCCAACCCUUUUGGUAUCCAUCAUCGAUCGACCGUAAGCUUAGCCUCCCACCAGUAACGCCUAGCUAGAAACACUGUACUUCCGCCAGUAAUCAUAAAGUCAACGAGCCAGCCGUGCUGUCUGCACCAACUCAGAACAUACUCCAACUCCACCGAAGUUAUUAGUUUUCUAACCCUUCAACGCCGCAAGCGUACCCAGCGUCACAUACGAAAGUCGACCAGCCUUCUUCUCCGCCUCUUUCUGCGCAGGAGUUCUCUUCUCGUCGUCCUUCGAAGACCUCUUCAUCCUCUCCUUAAUCACAGUAAUCGUCGAAGUUCCCGUAGACUUGCUCCAGACCGAACUCCUGUCAUCAGAAUCCGAGCUGGAAGUGACAACAGACUGUGUUCCUGUUCGUGGUUGUGUGGAGGACAUCUUCUCAUUCUCCUUCUGAGCGUUGGCGGAUUGGAACAUUGGUGUGUAUUGGAUUGAUUUUUCUGAUGAGGUUUUGGGCAGGAGGGGUGUGGAUUUGUAGAGUUGGUCGUAGAGGAUGGACAUUACGUUGAUGUCUUGGGGGUUAGGAGGGCUGUAUAAGUAAGGCUGUCGGAUUGAGUGAGACAGCUCAGUCCGAGGGUUUCGUCCGAGAUCGUGUUCGCGUACGAGCUGCCUUGAGUGGAGCUUUCUGCCUACUGCCGAUCUUUGAAGGAUGAGAUGAAUGAUUGCUGCUGACCGGAUUUCUG